AGGCGAGCUGCUGCUGUGAGGAGUGCACGGAGGUUGAGAGUCGCAUCUGCUCUGCGUUCAACAUUUCCAGCGGUCCCUCAACUUGCCACUUAAGCCAGCUACCGAUCUCCUGUCCGGGCUGUCCCUGCUUCCUCCGCCGGCGUUAGGAGGAUUUAGGACCAUACUGUGGCACUUUCGGGACGCGGCGUUAGAAGUGAUGGCCUCAGCUGCGCAGCUGUGCCGGUGAUCCUGCCGCUGCACGUAGGGAAGAAGCAGAGACGCCUUGACAACCGACCUACCUUCCUCUCUCUCUGUCAAAAGAAAGAAAAAAAAAAAAAAGGGAGAGAGGAAAAAAAAAAGAAAACACACCAGCAUAAACAAAUGCGACCAUGUACAGCGUGGAGGACCUCCUCAUCUCUCAUGGAUACAAGCUGCCCAAGCAUACCUCCUCCACCCCUACCCCAGCCCCCGCGUCAUCGUCCCGCCAGGCUCCCUCGUCCUCGCCGCCGUCCUACAGCAAACACCACGAAAUCCUGGAGAACAGGCCCGGCCCCAGGACGGUGAACGGGUAUGAAAGAGGUCCCGGGAUGCCCUGUGGAAACGGUGGUGGAUCCAGGCAGCCUCAAGCAUAUGGCAGCGGCUGUCCCAACAACAACAACGAAGCCAGGGACAGAAGCUUGUCCAGGCGGGAGGGCGAGGGCCGGGGCCAAAUUGACACCCACUCCUUGGGAGAGUCGCUGACCUCGGACAGCGGCUUCUGUGAUGGCACCAGAGGUCCUCAGUCACAGUCCAAGGAUGUGUCCUACUGGAGGAGACGAGGCCAGGACUUUGCUGUGCUGCUGGACUAUGCUGACCUCAAAGAGCCCCAUGGAGGAGGCCAUGUGGGUUACGGAAGGCCAGAGGGGUCUCAACAAGCAAGAGGCCAAGAGUUGUCUGCAGAAGAGCGUCAGAGAGCAGCUCAGGAGAGGCAGCGCUGGGCAGCCCAGGCCCAGGCUCAGGUGCAGGCUCAGGCCCAGGUCCAGUCUCAGGCCCGCUCUAGAGAGAGGGAAGCUGCUCUCCAUCAUUGGAGGAUGGCGAGUGAGAGGAAGUGCCAGAGCCUGGGGACAGAUGAGUGGCGUCCAGCCGUGAGCUUUGGCCGCCAGCUGUCACAGAGUGAGGGUGAGCGUUGGGCACAGGAGCAGCAGCGGCUCCAAGCCAGGACACCAGAGGGUAUGGUAGUCCAUCCCAGGACCAAAGCCAAAUCCCAGUCCCUGCCCAGGAUGCUGCAGCCUGAGAGCUUGCAAUAUGUGGACAUAGACUCGUCCGGCCUGGAACUGUACAGGCGGGUCAAUGGUCACCCACUGUCACACCACGACCUUUACAGGGCACCCCGCUGGCCGGAGAAUGGCAGGCCGGCUAGCGCCAACCAACUUUUAAUGACACCAAAGCCCCGCUUCACCCGACCCCCCAGACCUCCCUCUUAUGAGAUGCACCAGCAGAUCAGGGGAAGCUGUGAGAUGUUGUCCGGGAGAGACUCAGUGAUUCCUCAGGCCAGGGACAGAACUCCACUUCCAAUAUCAAGGACAGGUGACCCUCAACUUGACUAUUUUGCACAGGACUCUGGACCUCCAGGAUACAUCCCUCCCCCAUCAUAUAAAAGAGCUCCUAUAAUGGGAAUCGGGCGCCGGGGAUAUGGUGAAAUUGCUGUUGACUACAGGUACAGAGGGGAUGUGUACCAGCAGAUACAGGUGGCUCCAGAUGGAUCUCACUGGUUCACCAGACAUCCAGCCUGUUCCUGGCAGGAUCCCCAGAGAGAAAGGAGCAUGUCCAGCCAGAAGCAGCUUUACCCUGUAUAUACUACCAAGGAGCGCCCUGGUGGAGGGAUCCAAUAUAUCCCCUUUGAUGACCCCCGCAUCCGCCAUAUAUCCUCAGCCUUGGAUGGCAACUCCCUGACGGAUGCUGACAAGAUCCGGCACAUCCGCAACGAGCUUCCCAGCGUCACCGUGUCGGAGCCUGUAUCCAACGACAGUGCCUUUUUGCCCCCGCCAUUGGGGCCUUUCAUCGCUGCCAAACUGGCCGAUGAUGUUAACCAGACGUCUUCUAGCAACUUUGACAAUGACAAUAACAGGUGGCACAGUGAUUUGCACAAAGAGGCUGUCGAUAACUUCCCAGCAACUGACCAAAACUGCAACAACAGAUAUCCCAAAAACCAACGUCCUCCUUCAUCUCCCUCUUCAGCCUUCCAGGCCCCAUUACCAAGAUGUUCUUCUCGCCAGGGGUCCAGCUCAGAUCAGGUCUUUGCAGAAACCAUCACACAAGUGAAGAAAAUUGUCCCAGAUUCAGGGCCAGAGAACACUAAGAGAAGAGUGAGCGAGACCAUCUUCUGCCUUGUGUCCGUCCCUGUUCACACACCGACUAACAUUUGCAAAGACUUAGCAGCAGAUCAGAACAACAAUGAGACAAUAGCAAGUCUGACUGUCACCAACACAAACACUUUCGCUGUAGGCCUCAAAGAGAGCCCCAAUGUACGGAGCAAGUCAGUGAAUGAGAUGCCCAUCCAACACCACUACUCUCACUUUCACACCAGCAGCAUGUCCUCAAUGAGGAACUACAAGAGGGCUCCUCUAAGGAAGGAGAUAAUAGAUGCCUGGGCCCUUCAAGCCAGUGAAGACAAAGAGUUGUGCUAUGCUGGGUCCUGGCCUGGAAACCAGUACCGAAACCAGGAAACACAGACUGGCUCACCUUUGACGGUGGUGAAAAUUUCAGAACCUCAGAGUCCCCCUGGCGGACAAGAGCCUGCUCAGUCUGUCUCAGACACAACCACAGACAGUGGUGUGGGGACAGACAGUAGCUCCUCUUAUGGUUACCCCAUGGCAGGCCAGAAAAACCUUCAUCCCUCCAGCAACAGCGCCUUCUCCCGUCUUAGCCUCAGCCCAACACAACCGACAUCCCUUCUACCCACUCAACAAGACCCAUUCUCCCCAUCAAAGGCCCAGGAUCAGGGAGAGCAGCCAUGUUCCCCCAGGAAGAGCAACUCCAGUCCCCCGGAGAGUACAGAGCAAGUGAGCUUUGGGCAGUUUCUCUUAAAGCCAGUGAACCGACGACCCUGUGAUGCCAUUGGUGAACUGGAGACCAUUAAUAAGGAGAUGGAAGACACAAUCAGCAAGAGACCCAAUGCGGGUCACUGCAUUGACGAUCUAGAUGGGGUGAAUAAGAGAUUAGACCGGUUUAAAUCAGGAGCACAUUUCACUGCUGGUCCAGAACCAGGCAGGGAAGCAAUCAGUCUUCCACCAAUGCACAUAGAAAAACCCAACAUAAAAGUCAGAUCAAAGUCCUUUGCUUCUACCACUGAUCUAGACUCUAUGGACAUGAAUAUUUCUUUCUCCAGACUACAGGCUAACAACAUAUCACAAAAAAAUGAGCUAUCCAUACUCUCCAACCCAGGCCCCAGAGACAGUUGCCUCCUGCCCUCACUAGCCCCACACAAUGAGUCAAACCGGCUCUAUAGACAGGACAUCCCAGUGCCUCAAGAGUCCUUGCUGAGGGAUGUGGGGUUAACCGUUUACACAGAGACUCCUGGUGGUCCUGGGGAGCCAAUGCAGCGCUCACUCUCAGUCCCCCCUCCGCUCGAUCAUAAGGAGCUUAGUCAGUCAGUGCAGCUCUCGUGUGAGAGCAGGACAGCACUUGUUAAAAAUAGUGGUAGCCCCGAGCACAAUUCAAAUACAGAGCUUCAAGCUGAGGUCGAAACUGAGAGAAAGGCUAAAUCAGACAAUGUUCCACGAUUCAGGGGUGAGGUGAAUUUAAGCAUCUAUAGAACCAGGAGUGAAGGCAGCAGAUCACCUCAGAAAGAGGUUUCUCCACAUAUCACCAGACUGACCAGGGGGGUUUCUUUUGUGUUGAAGGAUGAUGAUGGCAAUGGGAGAUACGCCAUCUCUAAGCCCCUGACCUACAAGAAUGAGUCAACCAUUGCAGAUAAGCAUCUAGAGAACUUACUGAUUCUGGAGAAAGCCAAUUCUUUACCUGCAGAAGACCUCAGCAACCUGUAUGAGGUUAAAUGCGCAAAAGGUAUCCCUGAAAAUGAGUCCAUCGAGCAGAGGGCUGCCAGAAUUCUGGGUAUUUCUGUUCCAGUGGAGGCCUUGGGAGUGGCUGACAAACAGUCCGAGGACAACCAGGACGAUAUGGAUACCACUGUAGUUGAUAAACUACAAAGUCCAGGAGAAGAGACACAGCAGGUGAUAGGAGAGUGUGAGCAAGUCAAAGAUGAGUCCCUUGUCCAGGGAGCAGAGACAGAGGAGGCUAAGGGGACAGGAUCAGUAGUGGACCACGAAGAAGAAGGAGACAGACAAAAGCACAGCAGCAACCACAGCGAUAGUGAAAACAACGAGGAUACUGAGAUUCAGUCCCUGGUGGUACUGGAUCUUCCCGAGUUCCCACCUCAUAAGCUUCCCCUAUCCCUCCCUGUCACCCCUGAUGACGAGCUAGCACUUAGCAUGUGCAGUGUGGAGAGGAGGGGGCGAGGUGGAGCAUGCAAACUAAUCGAAUCCCUGCAAGAAAAGCUAAACUCCUCCGCUUCUUCGUCUGCUUCCUCCCUGGGCAGGUCAACCCCAGACAGAAUGGCCCGUCUGAAAGAGCUGGACUCAGUGUCUCGAAUAAGGCGCCUCAGCCUCAAAGGUUCAGAGUCUGGAGGAGAAGUUGAUUCUGAGGAUAGGGAUGGUGACAGAGAGGAGAGCCAAGUUCAGGAAGUGACAAAGGAGGAAGUUGUAGAGCAACGAGAAGAGGAAGAGGAUGAGAAACUGGAGGAAGAAGGAGGGACGGGAACAAAUGACAAGUUGGGAGAUCCUGAAGAAGAUUGUAAACCUAAAAAAGAAGCAAAUGAAGGGAUAUGUGAGGAAGAGCAAAGACAAGAAGAGGAGGCAGAAGAGAUGAAUGUUGACAUUGCACUAAAAGCAGAAAAUGAAGGGAGUAAAAAAGUAGAUGGUGAAUUAAAAUCAGAGGAGUCAGAAGGAGAAGUGGAGCUGAAAAUUGCGGAGGAUGGCAAAGAAAAGCCUUUGGAGGAGGUAAAAGAUGGACAUAAUACAGCCAGAGCUGAGGCGACACAAGACGCUGGCAGAGAAAAGUUGCCCAUACCAAAGCAGCGCACCAGGCUGCAGAAGCCUCCUUUGCUUCCUAAACCUCGCAGCGUUCCCAAGAGAGAAAUAACGCUGCCUCUCCGCUUCAGCACUGGGACCUGUGGUCCCUCGAAUAUGGAGGAUGAGGAGAUGCUCUCUGUCUCAGACUCCUACGACCCCAGUCGAGUGGAGAGAGUGUAACUUCAGUGGAAAUCUGUCUGUUCUCAAGUUAACAGCUUUUUCCCAACAACAAAGGCUUUCAUCUCGCCUCACCGCUUAGUCAGCCGUGACCCCUCCAAUAUUGUCGCGCAUUCCACUGAACUGACUGUCCUGGUGCUGCGAGAGCAUUUUUUACAGCCAAAUAAAGGCCCCCGCCGGUCCUAAUUCUCCAGGCCUUUUCAACCUCAGCGUCCUCGUCCUUCCAUUCUCUCCGCCUCUCCAAAUGUUCGUUUGCUCAAGCAAGCGGAGGACUUCCUCCUUUUGAAGUUGUCUUUCUUUUGGGGGAUUUUCGGAAAAAUGCAUGUCAUUAUUACCGUCUGCACUUGGGCUCCUUCUCGAGCUUCGGUGUUGAAAAAUGAAUGUAAAAGUGCUUCUGCUCAAACAAACAAAUUAAUUAAUAAGAAAUGUCAUAUGUAAAAAAACAAAACAAGAAAGCAACAGUAUUGCAUUACAAUCAGUAUUAACCUACACCAAAUGUAAAUAAGAAAGAGUUAUAACAUUUUAUUAAGAAUAUAAAAAUAAUCAAUUAAAAUCAUUUAAUUGCUGAAGAAAUGUAUAUUUUCUUAUCUAUGUUAAGAAAAGACUAGAUUUUUGAAAGUGUGGUCCUUGGGUGUAUUACUAAUAAUGAACCCCCCUGUUUAUUCUUAUACUUGUGUGAUAGAGAAUGUACUCAGAGAGCCUGGAUUGCAAUUAGAAACACUGUGGUCUUUGAAUAGUUUCACUAUAAGAGCAAUAUCGUUGUCGUACACGGGAAAUCUGUGACAUGAUUUGAGAGUAAAGUCUCCAUUUCAAGGAGCUGAUCUCAUUUAAACGUCUCGCUUUAAAGCUCCGCCUUUUGGUACAAGUGUUAGGUUUGCACUGCUGAGAUUACUGGCUUUAUGUUACCAGUGAGCACCUGGUAAUCUCUUCAAAUGCUUCCGAGAUUACACUUGGAGGGAUUCCUGUUGGCGCCCUCCCCGUUCUCCACCGCCGUCAGUCUCAGCAUCAGCAACGUGUAUCAGAAGCGUCUGAUUUAAGUGUUAUUUUUGUUCAUUCUCAUACUGUUAAAGAAGGAAAUUUGUAUUUUGUGGCAUUACCUGAAGUUUUUAUUUAACCAUGUUCCGUCCACAUCUUAGUUUGUGCGUGAUUUCAGAAGUGCUUUUGUUUGGGCGGGAAAUAACUGAUGUAGCUAUAUUGAUCGCAGUGUGCCUUGUACACACUGUUUCUGUGGAGAACUUCUUCUGUGUGUAACGCAUCCAGUAUUGUCAGUUUUUAACAAAUCUCAAUUUCAACUGGACUUCAGUGAUUAAUUUUUACUUUAAUGAAAACAUUUGGGAGUUGUUUGUGGCAAUAAUAAUAAUACUAUUUAGCUGUUGAAGCUUAAUAUUGACGCUGUACAGAACAUUGCUGUUGGAAUACUCACAGUGUCUGAACAUGUUCAAUCAUUUCGUGUUGACAUAUCAGUGUGUUGUUUGUGUGUUGUGGGCAUAACUGGCAAUUGGCUUACACUCACUUCACGUAUGGGGUAGCAAUACAAGAAGAUUAAAAAACAUACCAAACCAAACUUUUUCCUAUGCAUUGGACACCUACAUUUACUGGGCUUAAUAUCAAACUUCUGGUUUGCUUGUUUGACCCUGUCACUCUUUGAUCCAGUAUUUGAUGUUGACCUAGUUGGAUGUGGUUGUAGACUUGCAUAGAAGGGGCUAGUGGAAGCUCAGCGCAAGGUUUUGUCUCUGUCCUAUUACCAACCCAGUACCCGUACCUCUGUGUUCCAGGUAAUGUGUUAUCUGGCCAUUCGUAGGUCUUUUUGUACUGCAAGUUCUUUGUAACAUGAUAUAGACUAUUGGUGCACAUCUUGCUUUGAUAUUUUCUAUUUUCAUACAGAAGUAUGUACAGCUUCUUUUGUAAGCGCGGCAUCUUUAUUUUAUUUUUAAUUUUUUUCUCCUUUUUGUUGUGCAUGAAAUGCGUAAGAAGUCACAGAGAGAAGGCAUAUUUGCAUAUAUUUGCAUUUGGUACUAUAUAGUUUAUCCAAUAAACAACUGUUAUAUUUCAUAAAAUGUAUAUUUUAUUUUCCAAAAAAAAGUAUUCUACAUAUUUAAAACAGAACAAGGUAUUUUUUAGAUUAUUGUGAAAAGGGAACUGUUUUGAAGGCACAACGUUUGUCUAUAUUUGGAAAUGAUCAUUGAGUGUUGAUGAUCAGAAAUAGAGACAAGUGUGUGCUAUUGUACAGUACUGCAGACUGUUCAUAAACAAAUAAAUAAAAGUCUUUGCAUGAAA